CCACAUGCCUACUGCUGACUGCAGAGAAAACUCAAAUUAGGUUUUGUUUAUUGGAUUGGUAGUUGCAAGCAGAUGCAACAAACGUACUACAGCUUAAACCUUUAGUGGGAUGUACCCAUAAUAUAGGACUUAUCAAUAUAGCUCAUUCAUACACACCUUAUACACACACACAAAGUGUCAUUGUGCUAGAUGACUUUGCAGAUACCUUUUGUGCCCAAGUAGAUCUGUAGCUCUGUAGAUGAAAGGGGUUACUGAAGGAGGGUUUUUAUGUGGAUGAGCUGUGACGUUUCCCUUAUGUCCUGCAAAGACCACCCUCACUUCUCCUUAAACAAAACACCUCUCCUUGUACGAGGCUCACAGGUCAUGACAGCCAGGAGAUCCCCACCUUCCUAACACAGGUCAUGAAAAACAUGUGAACUGACAACAAGAAACAGUUCCAAAAAAGUUUCGAUUGCAAUUGAAAUAAGUGCUUAAUCACCGUCUGGCAGGAUAAACACUGGAAGCUGGGGAUGACUGAAACUCUGCCUACAACUACCCCAGUGCUAAAUCACUGCUGGCCAUCUUUUGGGCACUGUGCAUAAAAACAGUGCUUGCUGGCCAGGUCUCAGUACAGGUGCUUAUUAAUGACCUCGCCUACAAUCACGCAGCUAAUGAAAUAAUUUGACCAACGAUGUUGUACCUAGUGUGCAUGCUUCGUACACUCGCUUUAGAAAAGUGCAGGAUAUUGUCAACUGACUUUGGAAUCUAAUUAUCAGGACCAAUGACACAAUGUCAUUUCCUUUUAAUACCGCCGUUCAAUUCUUUGUUUUUCAAUCCCAAACGCUCAUGUUUAGAUCAAGGAAAAACGUUUUACUUGGAAACCCGACGUUUUCUGUUUUUUCCUGUGGAUUUAAAUCCCAACCCUGCACUACCGAGAACGCCUUUAAUUUAUUAGCCUUUUAUGAGGAACUUUGUCAAAAGUCUAUUAAUACAAUAUCAUAUCUAUUGCUGAGGUUGCGUCUCCAUAUAACUCGAACAAGCUAAACAAGCAAGAGAUCGGUGCUCAUAACGGGACACUGAUAUUACCCAAACAACAAGGACAAAAUCCAUCUUCUUUGGACGGAUUGGCCGUGAAAUGGCUGAGGAAGAUGUAUCAAGCAUGUUUAGUUUUCACAAAUGCUAUAUCACUUAACACCGCAGUAUUUUAUCUGACUCAUCUGGAAGGAAGCACACACCAGAAAACGAGAUAUUCUACAAGGAUGUAAAGGUCACUAAAAAGGUCCGUAUGCAAUUGCAUACAUUGUGUACGUAACAGAAAACAGAAAGACGACCGACCAUUAUUUGUACCAGUCAAAUAUUUUUCAAUUCUUACUCCUUAUUUGUAACGAGUAAGACUAGAGGUUUGAAGCUAGUGGACUUGAAUACUGGCUCAACUGGCUUUGAAAAACGCAACAGCCUCAUCUAUCAUUAGCGUUUUGGUAUGUUUACUGAGAAUUUUGAAAUUCACAUCUGUUUUCCUUGUUCCAUCUCCAUACAUAAAAUGAAGCACAAGUACAAGCGGCCUUUCACCAUUAUUAAAGACUAUAAUGUAUUUUAAAAUGGGUUAUUUUUUGCCCACAAAGGCACGAUUUCUUAGAGUACAACUGAAUUCAAAACGUGCCGUUUUAAUAUGAAUAUUUUACUGAAACGUAACAUAGCUCACACUACAAUUAAAAGUGUUAUUUUGUCAACGAGAGCGUGAUGCAUUCGCCGUUCAAGGACUGACGGAGCGAAAGGAGGUCUGCGCGCAGGGACAUGCCUUCGUCUUCAAUGGAUACCGCGACUCGGGAUCUGACUGACUCAAGCCCUAGAAACAACACAACUUUUAGAGUCUGACAUCAUGCGGAAACAUGUGAAGUAAAUGCUUAGCCACACACGGUAACGACACUUAAUGCUUUAACAUUCCGUGUAUUUAAUUUCUUCACUGUCAGGAGCCUAAGAGCGCCGCGCUAAUCACUCGGGUGAAGCAAUAAAAAGAGUAUUUUAUUGCUGUCUGGUCCUCGGAAACGUGUCUGGCCUUUAAUUGCAUCACGGGCGAAUGCGGGGAGACUUGUUCUGUCGAGAGGGUCAAUUUGGAACCGACAUCACAAUUACGGAAAAGUCCGUCUUUUAUGAGACGUUGUUAAAACCUUUUCGUUCAAUUUCCCCCGAAACGAGAUCCAAGCGAGAAGAAUGUCAAUUACACAAGUGCACGGCCCCGACAGUGUGGAGGGCUGCGUGGUGCUCCAGAUGAGGGGUCAUCCUUUCCACAGACACCCUGCAUGGAUAUAUAUAAAAACCCGACGUCGUCAUCCGCAGAGCCUGAAUCACUCGACCAUCCUGGUGCAAGAGUCCCAGCCCGCCUCCGUGACCAAAGACAGCUAUGAAAGCCGCCUGCCCUCCGUACAUCCUGCUGUUUCUAGAGCUGGGCAACUGCUUCAGGGCCGACAGCAGCUCCAGGGACAGACGAGCCCCGGCCCCGUGGGACGCCGCCGCGCUGGCGCCGGGCGCGCAGCCGCGGCCGAGGAGACUGGCCGACCCCGGCACGCUGGUCAGCGCCGUCAAGGAGCUGCAGGACUACGACAAGGAGCGCGCCGGCUUCCGCUUCCGCUUCGGGCGGGGGGAGGAGGAGGAGGAGGAAGAGCUGGAACUGCUGGGGAAAGAGGGCGGGAGCCGGGACGGGCCCCUGCUGCUACAGCUGGUGCUCAAGCCCGCUCACAAACGCGCCGACGACCUGGAGAUGCUGGCGGAGGAGCUCAACGGCUACAGGCGGAAAGGGGGCUUCAGCUUCCGGUUCGGUAGAAAGUAACCCGGACCG